AUGCGCAGAUCGGAGCCGUUUCUGAAGAUGCCCCUGCUGAUUCUGCUCUUCGUGGGAUCGGCAGAGGCCUGCGUUCCCCGCGAAGGUUUGCUGAGCCUCCAGGUGUUAAGUGAAGAAACAAAUGGCUGCAAGGAAGAAGUUAAGCUUCCCCCAACUAUCAUCCCCACCAAGAAACCACAGAGAAGGGGCGGAUGGAGCCUGAUGAAAUGCGCCUACAUGAUGAUCACCUUCUUGUUCGUGUCCUACAAUAAAGGGGACUGGUGUUACUGCCACCGCUGUAACACAGAAGUGGACAUCAGGACUCAGCGCAUGACGUCACCACGCAAGGGGCGGAGAGCGAGCGAGCGGUGUUACCAUGGUGACCGCGACGCGCUCAGAAACGUCCACAAGUGA